UAUUGACAUUGAGUCCUUAUCUGAUAGAUCCUUAAAGAGUUCUAAACAUGAAACACAUUCGCUUCAAUCAUUUGUUUCGUAGAUAAGAAAGUAGACCGUUUCAGUUUUAGGAGUCUCUAACCGCAGAAUAACCAUAGGUACCAUUUCCACGAUGUAUUCCAGAGCCUGCGUGCUGCUGUUCGCCAGUGUUGUGGGCCGCCUGUGGGCCGCUGACCCGUUUACACCUGGAUGCAGUUUCGUGGGUGGUCAGUGCAUGUACACGGUCCAGCUUGGACACCAGGGUCAGUGUGAUGCUCAGACGGUAAGGCUUUUAGAGAAAUACUCACACUCGUCAUCUUCAGCGGACAGCCCACCAGAUUUUUACUUCAUGAGAGUAACAAUAUGGAUGACACAUUGCCUGAAUUAUAAUGUCAAUAAAUUGUUCAUGAGAGUAACAAUAUGGAUACAUUGCCUGAAUUAUAAUGUCAAUAAAUUGUUCAUGAGAGUAACAAUAUGGAUACAUUGCCUGAAUUAUAAUGUCAAUAAAUUGUUCAUGAGAGUAACAAUAUGGAUACAUUUCCUGAGUUAUAAUGUCAAUAAAUUGUUCAUGAGAGUAACAAUAUGGACACAUUGCCUGAAUUAUAAUGUCAAUAAAUUGUUCAUGAGAGUAACAAUAUGGAUACAUUGCCUGAAUUAUAAUGUCAAUAAAUUGUUCAUGAGAGUAACAAUAUGGACACAUUGCCUGAAUUAUAAUGUCAAUAAAUUGUUUAUGAGAGUAACAAUAUGGACACAUUGCCUGAAUUACAAUGUCAAUAAAUUGUUCAUGAGAGUAACAAUAUGGAUACAUUGCCUGAAUUAUAAUGUCAAUAAAUUGUUCAUGAGAGUAACAAUAUGGAUACAUUGCCUGAAUUAUAAUGUCAAUAAAUUGUUUCACAACAGCAAGAGAAUAUCUGAUAUAUUUCUUUUUUUCGUAUCUUUUUUUCCCCCUGUCUCUGCACAGCAAUUGAAAACCUUGUUUCCAAAGCGUGUAUUUCCAAGCUUUCAUUUUCCAAAUACAUUUUUAGCUGUUAAAUUUCGUCAAAACAUUCGUAUUAGUAUAGUAAUGUAGACAUAUUAUUUUACUCAGAAACAAAUCGGUAUUUUUAAGGAGAUUUAGCAUUUAAGGCAAUGAUCACUUUAUAUGGGUUGAUAAAAGCACUUUAUAAAAAAAUGUAUUCACUAUUAAGUAAGUUGUUAAUUCAACAUUUUAUUAUUCCACCCUCCCCCCUCCCCAAAUCCCGACUCCGGGACAAACACAGCCUCAAGUUGCCACCGCCGGAGACUCCCAGUGUUGCACCGCAGUUCAAAAUGACAUCGUCGGUCUUAAGACAGAUGUCGAGGUCUUGAAAGCACAGGUAAAUAAACUACACGCCCUACCGUAACGUCUGCAUGCGUCUUAAGACACGAGUGAGACGUCUCGCCGGCCGUAUGCUCUCUGUGAUAUGCGAAGUAAUCGUCUGAAAUUAGAUCUAAACGAAUACCAUCGUCUCUCGCCACUUUGCGCUUCGAUUUUCGCGGCUUCUCUCUAUUGAGGUUUGUUUUUUUCAAAUACGACAAUAACAUGUAUUCUUGAAAAACAUUAAUCGACAUAUUACAAAUGAUACAACGCGCGCUCGGUUGUCUGAGUCAUACGCCUAUGAAUUACCUGCACUAUUAAAAUUACUGUACGUAGAUACUGUAGUCCUUUGUAUUGGAACACCCCCCCCCCCCAACCCCCUAGAGGGGGGAAUAGUGUUACAAACCCGUAUGGGGAGGACUGGGGAGAGGUUUCCACCUAUGAAUUACCUGCACUAUUAAAAUUACUGUCCGUAGAUACUGUAGUCCUUUGUAUUGGAACACCCCCCCCCCCAACCCCCUAGAGGGUCGAAUAAUGUUACAAACCCGUAUGGAGAGGACUGUGGACAGGUUUCCUUGUCUAGGAUUACGAACAUAUUCGAUUUAUUAAGAAAGAACCCUACUUCGCGGAAACUAGCUCAUCGCGGUAGAGUCUGGAAUUGAUUGACCGCGAUAUGAGAGGGACCACUGUUUACUUAAAACCCAGUGAGAAUCAUGUAUAUUUUUUUCAAUAUAUAAUUUGUUUUUGAAAAAAAAAAUGCCUCAUUUAGUUCCUGUUUGUCAAAGUGUGGUGAAUGAAGAAGGUUUGAGGUGGUUAGAGUAAGUAAGGGAAGGUGGGAAGAGAUAAGAGGAGCUUGGUGAGGUGCGAGGACGUUGUGAAUGUACGAGAAGUUGAGGAGGAAGAUGAGGUUGAGAAGUUGGGACGAGGUUGGUGGGAUGGGAGAAGGCUUGUGAUGUGAGAGGUGUUGGAAGAUUGGGCACGCCGGACCACAGCAUUGUCUAUAGACUGAGCUAUCCAGGAUAAGUUGCGGUAACUUGCUUUGUUUAGAAAAAUUCCGAGCAAGCUUUACGUUCACUACAGUCCUACCGCUAAAAACUUUCUACGGCAGGUCACCACCCUGGUCGGCAGCCUCAAUAAAACGACCGCUGACCUCCAGGCAGCGACCGCUCACUCCAAGACAGUCGAAGCGGAACGGGACUCGCUUCUGGAAAUGCUGCACAGACGAGAGCUGGAACUGAACAAGACGGAGGCGGAACUUGCCCGGAUGUUGGGCCAGGCCGGAGACGAGAUCAGAGCACUAAGACAGGACCUGACUAACGUCACUAACGCGCUGGCGUCGUGUAGGACCGCUUUGGGGGUCUCUACGACUGACAAUGGUCAACCAGGUGAGAAAACGACAUAGGUUACAACUGAUUAGGAACAAAAAUUAUGUAUGGUAUAUAACAAUAUCUUUUUGGGGAAGGGAAAAAAAGCCAUUUAGUUUGUGUAGCUUUUAUUUUUUAAAAAUGUAAAACUGAUAGAAACAGAUGUACAGCUACGUGCUCGACUUACGACAUAUGCAAUUUAAGACCAUUCGACUUAAAGACCACAUUCACUAGCCAUACUGUGUUAGAUUUCAGAUGUAUUUCUGCCUCAAUCAUCAGUCGAACGUCGUUGUCUGCAAUCAACGGUGGUCUUGAACAUCGAAAAUUAAGAUUUAUAACAAUAAUAAAAGAAAUUUAUGAUAAAAUUUAACUGAAAUAUUUGUAUAACAUCACUUCACAUUACUGUACACGUAGCGUGCUCAACUUACGACCAAAUCGUGUUACGACCGGUCUGACGGAACCAAUCGUGGUCGUAAUUCGAGCACUAGCUGUAUUGGUAAAAAGAUAUGAAUAUCUUUCUUUUUUCAAGAGGCAUGUUCACUUAAAAACAAUGACAACAUUAGAGUUCCGUAGGGCGCAAUGAGAUCAGGUCGGACAACAUCCACCCUGGAAUUAUUAUUUUUAUAGAUUACUGUGUCUGUUUGAAUGCGCCCUACUCAACUUACUGGACUAGAGUUCAGAAACAACAAAACAUGAAUUAUAUACUUCUCAAAAGUGGAAUUAAAAAAUGAGAGAUGUCCAAGGGCAAGCUACUCUGUAUUACAAAAAAAUUGGACGUACCUCAAAAUUUGACCUCUCCCCCUUUCUUAUCACUCUCAGUAAGUAAACAAUUCGAACGGUGAAGUUUCAACCUCACUGAAAUAUAACGUAAUCGAGGAUUUAAAAAAAAAAAAAAUUGCUAUUGUUUAAUUGUGUCUCAAGACUUAAGUUUGUGCUGAAUGUCAGCUUAAAGUCACGUGUCUGAUAGUCAAGACUGAGGAUCCAUCCCACUAACUUAUUAAGAAAACCAAAAAAACAAAAAAAAAAAACUCUUCAGUGAAACGAUAAAUUAAAUCCAUGGACGAGUCAAACUUGGAAGUCUUGAUCGCGGAGAGAAUCCCUUACACGCGAUUGGAGUCUUAUUAAUUGAACGAUUGUCCCAUUCCGACAGUGUCUUUGCUGGGUGCAGUAGAGCAGUGGUACUGCAGCUUCCAGGUCCUGGACGACUGCGGCUACAAGCGACUCACGGGCACCGCCAGCUUCUCCCUUAUGCAGCAUGGGUCGAGCCUCAGCACUGGCCCCCGAGUUGACCACAGCACUGGCAUAGCGUCAGGUACAUUCAACAAUGACCCCCGAAAAACGUAUUUCAUUCACUAAAUCCCUCUUUAAAUUUUUAUUUCUAUAAAAAUGCAAAUUUAUAUCGCUCGAUUGAUGUACUGGCUAGAGGUAAAGAAAAGAUGGAGACGAUCAGUUGGCAGUGAUUACAUUACAUAUAGGUAAUAAUAGAACCAAUGUAAUAUAUCAAUGUCUUAAGUAUAUGGUUGUAAUAUAAGUUAAUUCAGUGGCAUGCUCAUAUAAAUGCAUGUCUAGUAAUGUAUGGAAGUAUACAGAAUUCAAUAUGAACAUAGUGUAAUGAAAUGGCUCUUCAAUUUAGCGGUAUAAGAAUCUGUACUAUCCUUGAGUAACAAUAUCUCCGCGUGGAGUGGCACUAAUAUAUUUCCAUGAGUUGAACUUGAGAGCUCGCCUGCGUGGUAAUGGAUCUGUUCACUCAAAAACCCCAGGCACCUACAUGGGUUUGAACGCUGUAGGCGUGGCGGACAUGUACUAUAGUUCCCAGACCAAGCGUGACGCCACCAUGGAGAGCGACGUGUUUCAGCCGGCCAACGGUUACUGUGUGCUGUUCUGGUACUCGAUGAGGGGCGCCGAUGUACUGCAGUUGGAUGUCAACGUCAGGGUGCGUACCGCCACUUUUUAAAACCCGCACGUGCUACUUAAUCCGUGGUGUCAUUGGCGUCACCAAAACAUUAAUUUUGAAAACUUGGUAGGUUGGAACUUGGUAGGUUAGCGGUACCCCCAGACUGGGGUACCGCACUAUAUAAGACCACUAAUAAUAAUAAUAAUAAUAAUAAUAAUAAUAAUAAUAAUAGUAAUAGUAAUAGUAAUAAUAAUUAUAAUUAUAAAAUAAUAAUAAUAAUAAUAAUAAUUAUAAUAAUAAUAAUAUUAGGGUUCGUGGUGCUCGGGGUGGGGGGGGGGGAGAGUAUUCUGAAAUUAGCCGGAAAUGCCGCCACUCAAUAUAAAAAAAGUGCCGACAGACCCCCCCUCCCCCCCCCCCCCCAUAUAAUAAUAGUAAUAUUAGGGUUCGUGGUGCUCGGGGUGGGGGGGGGAGAGUAUUCUGAAAUUAGCCGGAAAUGCCGCCACUCAAUAUAAAAAAAGUGCCGACAGACCCCCCCUCCCCCCCACCCCCCGGCUUGUGCCGAUAUGUUUUUAAUGAUUUUUAUUUGAGGGGGACGGGGUUCCUUUAUCAAGUUUUCUCCUGCCAUUUUUUACUUAUUUCCUUUACCUAAGCCAGUAGUUCUCAACCUGUGGGUCGCGGCCCUUUCCCAGGGGUCGCCUAAGACCAUCUGAAAACACAUAUACUCUACAGUUAUGAAGUACCAAGCAAAAUAAUUUUGUGGCUGGGGUCACCAAUGUAUUAAAGGGUGGCAGCAUUGGGAAGCUCGAGAACCACUGACCUAAGCUGAUUACAGUCGUCGUCCCCCCCCCCACCCCCCACCCCAAACCCUCUUUAAAAUUAUCAAUUUCAAUUUGAAGACUUGAACACACUGUGUAAAGAUGAAAACGAAAUGUCUCUAUUCUUCAUGCCUGGCUGUAGAUUGGGGGCGGUACUGGAUACCCCGUCUGGACCAGGAAAGGAGAUCAAAAGGUUGAUUGGCUCCUGGGAGAAGUCGACCUUGACAUUGAAUAUACUGCGAAUCCUUUCAAGGUAAAGCCAAUAAUAUAAACAAUAACUAUUGUACUUUAUGAAAGAGAGCCAUUAUGGGGCACCGUGUGUCACCAUGAUAGAACACCUUGUGUCACCAUGAUAGGACACCAUGUGCCACCAUGAUAGGACACCAUGUGCUUCCUUAUUGGAGGAGGACUCUUAACGCGGGCUCCGUAUCCCCUAGGGCGUACAAGGGGGCAGUUUAAGAGGAUAGUUUAAGGGAUCAGUAUAAGUGGGCAACAAAAGGGGGCAGUAUAAAGGGCAGUAUAAUGGGCUGUAUAAGGGACUAGUAUAUGGGCGGUAUUGAAGGGCAGCUGGAAUGCCCAGAACAUCCGGCCCCUUUCUUUUUGUAAGAAUCUUUUAUAGUGUGGUCUGGGAUAUAGAAUAUAUUUUGAAAUUAAGUGGCAUUGUAUGAUAUAUAUUUUGAAAUUAAGUGGUAUUGUAUGAUAUAUAUUUUGAAAUUAAGUGGUAUUGUAUGAUAUAUAUUUUGAAAUUAAGUGGUAUUGUAUGAUAUAUAUUUUGAAAUUAAGUGGUAUUGUAUGAUUUAUAUUUUGAAAUUAAGUGGUAUUGUAUGAUAUAUAUUUUGAAAUUAAGUGGUAUUGUAUGAUAUAUAUUUUGAAAUUAAGUGGUAUUGUAUGAUAUAUAUUUUGAAAUUAAGUGGUAUUGUAUGAUAUAUAUUUUUAAAUUAAGUGGUAUUGUAUGAUAUAUAUUUUGAAAUUAAGUGGUAUUGUAUGAUUUAUAUUUUGAAAUUAAGUGGUAUUGUAUGAUAUAUAUUUUGAAAUUAAGUGGUAUUGUAUGAUAUAUAUUUUGAAAUUAAGUGGUAUUGUAUGAUAUAUAUUUUGAAAUUAAGUGGUAUUGUAUGAUUAUAUUUUGAAAUUAAGUGGUAUUGUAUGAUAUAUAUUUUGAAAUUAAGUGGUAUUGUAUGAUAUAUAUUUUGAAAUUAAGUGGUAUUGUAUGAUAUAUAUUUUGAAAUUAAGUGGUAUUGUAUGAUUUAUAUUUUGAAAUUAAGUGGUAUUGUAUGAUAUAUAUUUUGAAAUUAAGCGGGGUUGUGGGAUAUAUUUUUAUUUUAGAAGAGGGUGGUUCGGCGCUGCAAAAAGCUCAAGAGACCCUGCCUCAUGGAGUAAUAUUUGUUACCGUUCUACUAGAGGACCGCCUGCUACAAACUGACCUAUGACCUUUGUUAAUUCUCUGGUUUGACAUGUUCUCAGAUUGACUUCGUGGCCUCCUCGGACGCCUACAAAACGUACAGCAGCUCCACGGGAGGGUACAUUCAGCAUAAUCAUUUGGGAGACAUUGGUAUUGAUGAUAUCUACGUGUACAACACGUCAUGUGCCAGUAAGUGGAUCACGAGUAGUGGCAUAAGCUAGAGUAAAAUUACAGAAAUAGUUUACACUAGGGUUUAACCGGGUGCAGUUGGGUUUUUACACCGGCGUGUAAAAGUGUUACACAGUAAAGAGAUAAAUUCUCAUUUUCUAUAAAAUGCAAAUAUCUACUGUCCUAUGCCGUAGUCAGAGUGCACUGUCCUAUGCCGUAGUGAAAGUGCAUUGGCCUGCGUCAACCGUUUGUGUCAAGAAAUAACCCACAGCUAGGAGCAGGCAGUUGCCGGAUCCCAGAUUAGAGAUGACGUUGUACACAAAACUCGUCCACAGAGAAGACACUGUCUUUCAUUUUAUAACAAAGACUUGGGAAACCUUCCCGCACCAGGCUACGGGAAAGACUCACAGACGCCCACACACACAACCGAGGUGAAAGGACGGCCCAUGACCAAGUGCGGUGUGCAGUCCCAGAACGAAGGCGUGAACAAAACCAGUGACAUUUGUUGUUGUUGUUUAAAAUCAUUUCUAAAUCUUAAGAUAUAAAAAAGGCAACCUAUUUGCCGGAGUUCAGACGGUCCACAUGAAGGUCGCUGCGUGACCGGAGUUCAGACGGUCCACAUGAAGGUUGCUGCGUGACAGCAUUUGUUUUUUUUUUCACUUGUGGAGUUAAGGGGGUUGAACACUUGGGCGGGACAAAAUCCUGUACAAGUUGCUGCCCCUCGUUUAACAGAUUACAAAUUACCCACGGGGCGGACUCUGUAGCGUAGGAAAGGGUUUGGUGGUGCUGCUGGUGAGGGGAAGGGGUGGGUCGGUAGAAGAGUUCAUAAAAUCGGCGACACCUUAUAUUCUAGUGUCUUCGGAUGCUCAGAUCAAAUGGCUUCUAUUUCUUGUGCUUUAUUGCAAAUAUACAUUGAAUUACCUCCCCAUGAUUAUUAUUAUUACUUGUUUUGUUUUUUUUGGAAAGGAGAUAUUUAACGUGAAUUUCGUGACCCUGCACAAUCUAGUUUGUUGUUUAAUUCUUAAUUAUUAUUUUAUUUUUAUUUUUUUUAAAUUUCAACUAUAUAAUACAUAACGUAUCAGGAUAAAAAUAAUAAUUUUAAAAAAUAAUAAAUGUAAAAAAAACAUAAAAUAAUAAUAAUACAUAAUUAGAGACAAAUAUUUUAAAUUUUCACAUGUUUUACAGUCAAUUUUUUCUUAUACGGAAAUUUAAAAAAAUAAAUAAAUAAAAAAAGUAAUCAAUAAAAAAAAAACUGACAUAGCAAUUUUUAAUACCGAACGAAUGGGUUGAUAUGAUUAUGUCUGUUAUGACUAUUGGUUGAGCCCAUAUUUGAUAACAAUGGGUUUUUUUUUAUUGCAUAAAAUUCUCGUUAGUAUUAAAAUUCUUCUGAUUAUGAUCCUACGAUUAUAUAAAUAAGCCAGUAAGAUUAAUAUGUUCAAAGUUGUGUUUUUUUGGUUGGUGUUUUUUUGUUUUUUUUCGAACAUCCGUUGACUUACCUGAAGCCUAGGUAUAGUUUAAACGUAUACAAUUUAAAACGUUAAAGAGAAAGAAAGCAUGCAACAUUUCCUAGAAAUGUCUCAUGUCUCUACAUGUCAUGUCUCAGACGUCCAUAUGCAACAUUUCCUAGAUAUGUAUCAUGUCUCUACAUUUCUUGUCUCAGACGUCCCUAUGCCACAUUUCCUAGAAAUGUCUCAUGUCUCUACAUGUCUUGUCUCAGACGUCCCUAUGCAUUAUUUCCUAGAAAUGUCUCAUGUCUCUACAUGUCUUGUCUCAGACGUCCCUAUGCAUUAUUUCCUAGAAAUGUCUCAUGUCUCUACAUGUCUUGUCUCAGACGUCCCUAUGCCACAUUUCCUAGAAAUGUCUCAUGUCUCUACAUGUCUUGUCUCAGACGUCCCUAUGCCACAUUUCCUAGAAAUGUCUCAUGUCUCUACAUGUCUUGUCUCAGACGUCCCUAUGCAACAUUUCCUAGAAAUGUCUCAUGUCUCUACAUGUCUUGUCUCAGACGUCCCUAUGCAACAUUUCCUAGAAAUGUCUCAUGUCUCUACCUGUCUUGUCUCAGACGUCCCUAUGCAUUAUUUCCUAGAAAUGUCUCAUGUCUCUACCUGUCUUGUCUCAUGUCUCUACCUGUCUUGUCUCAUGUCUCUACCUGUCUUGUCUCAUGUCUCUACCUGUCUUGUCUCAUGUCUCUACCUGUCUUGUCUCAUGUCUCUACCUGUCUUGUCUCAGACGUCCCUAAGUGCCCCCCGACGUCCACCAAAAACACCCUCAACAACGUCACGUCCUGCUACACGUUCCACGUGACCGCCCUCUCCUGGAAGGACGCCUAUGACGUGUGCCGCCGGGAGGGCCCCCACUCUGGGCUGGUCAGCGUCGACACGCAGGAGGAGCAAAACUUUCUGGUCAGCGUGAUCAACCACGACCCAGGUAAACAGUUCUACAACAUAUCACCACUUAGAGUUUGACAUUUUUUUCUUGGGGGGGGGGGGUGGUCCUUUCAUUAUCAGUUUAAUAUCUAUUUAUAUCAGAUACUGUCAGUUUUUGUCACAAACCGUUGCCACCUGUUUCUGUCCAUCACACCUGUUUCUGUCCAUCGCACCUGUUUCUGUCCAUCGCACCUGUUUCUGUCAAUCACACCUGUUUCUGUCCAUCGCACCUGUUUCUGUCAAUCACACCUGUUUCUGUCCAUCACACCUGUUUCUGUCCAUUACACCUGUUUCUGUCCAUCACACCUGUUUCUGUCAAUCACACCUGUUUCUGUCCAUCACACCUGUUUCUGUCCAUUACACCUGUUUCUGUUCAUCACAUCUGUUUCUGUCCAUCACAUCCGUUUCUGUCAGCUACCACCAUUUUGUUUUAUCCAUCACAUCAAUAUCCAUAAGUUACCAUCUUUUUCUAGUUAUCCAUCAAAUCUGUCUAUCAGUUACAAUCCGUUACUAUCAAUCACAUCUAUUUCUAUCAUUUACCACCUUUCUCUAUUCAUCACAUCUGUUUCGAUCACUUACCAUAUGUUUUUGUCAUUUUAUUAUCUGUUUGUGACCAUUAAAUCUGUUUCUAUCAAAUACCAGCAAUUUUGUUCACACUGUCAAGGUGAAAUUAAAAAAAACCAAUAAGAUUAUAUUCUGGAAGCAUAAUAGGAAUUGAUAUCAUCCUAUUUCUGUGAAACAUAUAAUUUAUUCUCGUGGAUAUUGUUAAGGUCGAUGUUAAAAUGUGUCACUGUUUGAUCGACAUCGUCUUUGGUAUUAUUGAUAACUAAAUGGAGCAGUAGCAGUGACAGCGCUCCAUAGAGCAAGAGAGCAUUAUUGAAGGACUACAUUCAAGCGGUUUGAAUGAAAUGGUCAAGCAAGGUCUCUUGAAGCUUGAAGCAAAAGACGGGACAAUCAAUAACGUGUUCGCUGAAGAAGGUUCUAAGCCGAAAUGUUCACAGCUUAUUGUCCCGUCUCUUGAUUCAGGCUUCAGCAUACCUUGUUUUACUAUUUCAUCCAUAUAUCGACCAAUGUUUAGUUGUAUUGACUCCAUACGUGUUCUUUACUGUGCAUUUUGCUGCCUUCUGCACGUGGGACGCAGGAAAUGAGAGUGUAUCACCGUGCGCAAUGGGGGGGGGGGCGGGGCGGAUAAGAUCCACUCAGGAAUUAUAGUUUAAGAUUGGUUAAAAUAUUAUAUUCUCUUCUGGUAUCCUUGCUUUGAUACUGGCUAUAAUUAGAAUCAGAUUUCAAGAUUAUUUUAGCUGUAGCUCUAACAUGUUCCAGCAGUUGUGUCUAGAAAAAUGGCGGAAAGUGGUGAGGAGAGGGGGAGGGGUGUGUGUUUAUUUUAAGACAUUUUCUUUCCAAAUACAACUUUUUAACUUAUCCUGGAAAGCUGGUAUUUUACUGUAGCACCGGCUCUGUUAGUUCAUUACAUGAAUAUGCUAUCCAGGUAGAUUUUUUAAAUAUUUUUUUUUUAAAAUCAGAUAAGUAAUACUUAAACGUACCGGUGGUCAAUGUUGGGUCACUUGUUCUCCAUUCGUUAAAUAGUUCUCAUUUUUUACUUUGUUACUAAAAAAAAAAGUAUCGUUUUUUUUCUUAUCUUAAUAUUGUUUGUAACUUUUGGGGGUGCCGCCAUUCCACCUGAAUUCCCCGAGCACGUGCCCGUUUGGCUCAGUAGUUAUGCCAGGGCUUCCGUUUCUACUCCACAGCUCUCACCGUGGUAGGACAGAACGGCUUCUACACCAGCGGCAGCGACUACGGCCGGGAGCACAACUUCGCGUGGACCGACUCUGGGAGCCAACGCUCGGUAUCGUGGCCCGGCUGGCACACCGGUCAGCCCAACAACGUGGGCGGCAACCAGAACUGUCUGCUGAUGCAGUACCCGGCCGAUGGGUACACCUGGGGGGACAUUGAAUGCGACAGCAAGCAUCCGUUUAUAUGUGAAGUUUAUUAUUGAGAUGGCAUUUCACGGUGGCGGUGAAAUCUGAUACGUGUUUAAACAGCCACGUCAACUGCAUGCUUUUGACAGUCUCGUCCAAUUUUAUUUUUAGGGUCUAGGGUCACGGGGGAGGAGGGGGGGGGGGGCGACCCACGGUCUCACUGCAUAACAUUAUAACAUUUUCAAACUACCGGUAAUCAAAUGUUUUUUUAAAAGUAAAAGUGAAAAUAAAAUAUAAAAAAAACUACAAGUUUCAAAAUUCAGACCUGUUUACCCCUGGGUUAGUGUCAGCGUAGUUUUCAGACCUGUUUACCCCUGGGUUAGUGUCAGCGUAGUUUUCAAACCUGUUUACCCCUGGGUUAGUGUCAGAGUAGUUUUCAAACCUGUUUACCCCUGGGUUAGUGUCAGCGUAGUUUUCAGACCUGUUUACCCCUGGAUUAGUGUCAGAGUAGUUUUCAGACCUGUUUACCCCUGGGUUAGUGUCAGAGUAGUUUUCAGACCUGUUUACCCCUGGGUUAGUGUCAGCGUAGUUUUCAGA